AUGGCUGUGGGUAUAUCUUUUCUUAUUGCAAUAAAGGCAGCAACUUUAUUUCUGUGCUUUUCAUUUUUGAGGGAUCUCGGAUUCAAAUGGUUAGCCCUCCCGUUUCUGUAUGCUUCCUUGAUUAGUUUCUUGGUUUCAAUUGCUUCCCAUCCCUCAAUCAAUCUCCCUAUGCUUUUGGGGAAAAGCUCAGAUGGGCAUUUCCCAAUCUGGUCAAUGCUUAUAUUUAGCCCUUACUUGUACUUUGUCAGAAUCUUCUCUGCUUUGAGGAGACUCAGGAGUGGUGAACCUCCUUAUAAUGAGGUUAGUGAAGGUAUCUAUGUUGGAGGGUGGCCUUCUUCAGUUGAAAAGAUGCCUCCUGGUAAUCCUGCUGUAAUUGAUUGUACUUGUGAGUUGCCCAGGAAGACUGAGAUUUCUAAACAUGCUUAUAUGUGCGUUCCUACUUGGGAUACAAGGUCACCUCAGCCGGCUGAAAUUGAUCAUGCUGUGAAAUGGGCUUGUAGAAAGAGGGCUCAGAAUUGUCCUGUUUUCAUCCAUUGUGCUUAUGGCCAUGGUAGAAGUGUUGCAGUGACAUGUGCUUUACUGGUAGCUCUUGGAGUCGCAAACGAUUGGAAAAGUGCAGAGAAGUUGAUCAAAGAAAAACGACCAUACAUCAGAAUGAAUGCGCUGCACCGCCAAGCUUUGGAAGAAUGGUCCAAGCACCGGUUAUCUACUCCUACAAGAAAAGAGGAAAUUGGUCUCAGAAUGUUACCUAAAAUUUCAGAAAGUAAGAUGACGAUGAAAGUGGAAGCUGGGGAUGAUGGGCACAAAUGCUACAAGAUAUGGAAUGAAUACAAAGGCAACUGCCCAGUACCUAAAGAUAAAGAGUGCUUUGAAGGAUGCAAGAAAGAAGCGAAGAUGAUGAUGGAAGUGGAAGCUGGCGACGAUGGGCAGAAAUGCUACAAGAUAUGGAAUGAAUACAGAGGCAACUGCCCAGAACCUAAAGAUAAAGAGUGUUUUGAAGGAUGCAAGAAAGAAGGCAAGAUGAUAAUGAAAGUGGAAGCUGGGGAUGAUGAUAAGAAGGACAAAUGCUAUAAAGUAUGGGAGGAAUACAAAGGGGGUUGCAAAGAAUAUAAAGAUAAAGAAUGUGAAGAUGGAUGCAAGAAAGAAGGUUUUGAGAAGAGCGCUUGCAUCAAAGACAAAGAAAAGAAAGAAGGCGAUAUAAUUACGAAGGUACAAGCUGAUGAUGAUAAAUGCUACAAAUUGUCGCAAGACUACAAAGGCAAAUGCGAAAAUCCUCCUACAGAUCCAGAGUGUGUGGAGGCAUGCAAGAGAAAAGGUUUUGCGCAGAGCACUUGCUUCAGAGAUAACAAAGAAGCUGCAUUUUGUGUGUGCCACAAUAGUCCUUGUUCUGAAUCUUCUGAUUAG